AUGGACGCUAGCGCCUCCAAUAUCAAUCCUUCGCAGCUCCCAUUCGACCGGAACAUCACUUUUCAUGACUCUUCGUUCUUUCAAAACCACGGGAAAUCGCGUACUCUUCCAUCACCACAAAAAGUAAGAGAGAUCGCCAAGGCAACUAACAAAAACGCGUGGUUGAGGAGUCGACCACCACCAGUAAUAUGCGAAGAUCUCGGUUUGUUGGUGAAAUAUGGAGAGGAGAUUACGAUUGCAGAAGGCCAGUGUCUCUUAGCCUUACGUCAGUUGCUUCCUGAUACUGUACCGGUUCCAGAGGUGUAUGGAUGGCGCGAAGACGAUGGGCAGGUAUUCAUCUACAUGGAGCUUGUGAACGGUACGACAUUAGAAAGAAGUUGGGACAACAUGAAAAAAGAGGACAGAAUGGCGGUCUGUCAUCAACUACAUGCUAAGAGUCCAUUCGUUGGCCAUAUUGGCGGACAGCCGCUUUCAGAUGUCAUCUUCGAUUCCAGUUUCGCAAAAACUCCUGGACCUUUCCAAAACGUAUCAGCAUUUCAUGAUUAUUUCACAACUCAUUUCGGGCUAAGCAAAGAUUUCGGUGUUCAACCACCACAUAAGUUUCGACAAUACCUCCCAGACCAAGAUCCUAUCAUCUUCACACAUGCAGAUCUCCAUCCCAGUAACAUACUAGUCUCCGCUGGACCUAACACUCGCGUCGUGUCGAUUAUAGAUUGGCAUCAGUCGGGUUGGUAUCCUGCAUACUGGGAGUACUGCAAGGCACGUUCGACGGCUCGUGUUGGCGAAGAAUGGGAAGCCCAAUACAUGCCAAUGUUCUUGGACCGACAUGAUGAUUAUUAUUUCAACUAUUUUUGUAGUUGUUGGUUCUAG